AUGGAGAGGCACAUGGUCGGGGGGCCUCUGUAUAAGCACUUCGAUUUGGAGAGGAAGAACGCCAGGCAGGCCGACGCCAGGCUCAGCCAAAGACUGCAGAGACUGGAGCGGGUCUGCCUCUACCACAUGAAGUUGCUGACCCGCGAGCAGAGACAGCUCCAGAAAGAACUGCAGAGGCUGCAGGAAGAUAUUGUCAAGAAAAAGCUCUCCUCUGAUUUGCGGAAUGGAAUUCAGAAGAGACCAGAAGACGUCCUUGUGUCCUCACCACCAAGAGGGAAGAAGCAUGGAGGUCCACACACUAAUGACGUUAGAGUGCUGGCCACCAACAUGACCCAACAAAUGUACAGAACUAAGUCCCAGAUGCCUCUUUUCCAUCACGCUGGCUUCAAAGACGCCACGAAAAGCAAAGAGCAGUCGCUAUCUCAAAAUUACAGAGCUUCUCACUUCACAGCCGAGAAGCCACAAGCCCAAGAAAAAGAUUUUAUGAGCCCACCAAAAGGCAAAGACUCCAACAAGGGCAUCUCUAUUCUGUGUCAACAUCAAGACGUCUCCAUCAACACCCUAGACCAAGGCCCUGGUUCCAGCCCAGUUUGUGAAAGUGGAACACCACACAUGGAUGAGACCAGACCAAAGGAUGCCAGCCUAAAGCCAGACCCCAAUGCUGGGAAACAAAGUCCCUUGAAUCCCAUGGAAUGUGCAAGAAACUUGAAAGGCGAGUCCAUAACACCUACCUUCUUAGAGCUGUUUGCUAAGGUCAGAAAUGCCCACUACCUCCGGCACAGGGUCCCCCCGGAGUCUGAGAGAUUGCUUAGCAUUGGGGAGAUAUUCGGGCACAAGGAAUCCUUACAGCCCAGAACAGGACAGGAGUGUAAGAACAGGGGAUAUAAUCUCUCACUGAAUGAGCAAUACAAGUAUACAAAAAAGGAGGGGAGAGAUGAAUCUUCUGACAACACUUUAAGGGAUGCGCAUAUGUUGCGGAUGUCAUCAAAAAUAUGA